AUGGUGUUCCCGGAAAAUGAAAAAAGCCGCAGCUGCGUGCGCCGGUGCCAGAACAUCUACUACCAGAACAAGUACGAGGAGGACAAGAAUUACGCUUCGGUGGCCUAUUCGAUGUACCCGCGCGGGAUGACGCUAUCCGAUGAUGGGAAAAGGAGAGGGAAAGUGCCUACCAUCAUCGGCCACAUCAACAGCACCAUGGAGGAGCCCAUCACGCUCGAGGAGAUCCGCACAAUCCUAAAAACCGAGCUGUUCCUCUACGGCCCGACGACGAUGGCCUUCCCGGUGCCGGAGGAGUUUCUCCAUUACUCCGAAGGCGUUUUCCGCCCGAUCACCGAGGAGAAGUUCAACGACCGCGUCGUGUAUUGGCACGUAGCCCGGCUGAUCGGCUGGGGCAAAGACAAGGAUGGCAGCCACUACUGGCUGUGCGUCAACAGUUUCGGCCGCAACUGGGGUGAUAAUGGCGUCUUCAAAAUCAACGUCGACUCGAUGGAGCAGUACGGCCUCGAAUACGAGGCCGCCCUGAUC